AUGGGGCUUGCCUCACUGGGUAGUGGUUCCAAAGGCAAUGGCACCGUGGUCGCCUUGGGGAGCAAAGUUUUCCUCAUCGAUUGCGGUUUCAAUUUAAAACAGACCGAGCGCCGUCUGGCGCGUAUUGGUCUGUCAGGGGGUGACCUCCACGGUAUCCUGAUCAGUCAUGAGCAUUCAGAUCACAUUGCCGGUGUUGCAGCUCUGGCUCACAAGUAUGCUAUUCCAGUUUACGCCUCCUACGGGACGCUCAAGCACGACCUGCGCGGCGUUGCCGGCAUACCUUUUGACGGUGAUCAGCCGUUUGAAAUUGAUGAUGUGACCAUCAAUCCUGUCUGUGUGCCGCAUGAUGCCCGGGAGCCGACCCAGUUUGUGCUCAGCGACGGUGUGGAAUCCAUAGGCGUGCUCUCAGAUCUGGGCUGUGUCACCAGCCACGUUGUGGAGCAGUACAAGAACUGUACCCAUGCCCUGAUCGAAGCCAAUCACGACAGUAUGAUGCUCAGUCGCGGUAGUUAUCCCCAGCGUUUGAAGCAACGUGUGGGCGCAGAUUAUGGACAUUUGAACAACGACCAGGCCCAUCAAUUGCUGCAGCACAUCGCCCACCCGGAUCUGCAUGUUGUUAUUGGACACGUCAGUGAACAGAAUAACGCCCCUGAAAUCCUGCAACGCACGCUGCAACCGCUGCACAACAGUCUGGCUGCUCUGCAUUACGCCACUCAGGCGGAGGGCUUUGGCUGGCUCGGCCAACAGCCCAUCAAACGGCAAAUAUCUUUCGGCGAGGUCCCGCCUUCAGUGCAAACCAAACAAACGCUGGAAACUCUGAUGGCCCAGUAUGGCGGCAAAGCCGUGCUGGCAUUAUCAGAUGUGGCGGUUGACCAGACGCUUGCUCAACAUCUGCGGGUACAGGGGCUGCCCAGCUUGCGGAUUGUCCAGCAGGGUAAAAUUGUUGAUCAGAUUGAUGGUCCGGCAGAUGAAGCCCAAUUGCGCACUCUGCUCGAUACGCUGACACAGUCAUCCACAGACAUAUUGCAGGGUCAGCUGGACCAGGUGCUGGCCAGCGGUGAUUACGACACCGCGGUUGCGAUGUUGCAGCAGUCAAUGAACGAAGAACCCAAUAAUCAGGGUUUUCGGGUAGAGCUGGCUGAUGUCCUGAUCCUGAAAGGUGAUCUUGAUGAUGCCCGCACGGUCCUGGCGUCUAUUCCUGAUGACACGCCAGAGCGUGAGCGCCCGCAGCAUCGACUUGAGUUUGUUGAAGAAGCAGCCGGUUAUGCAAGCGUUGCAGAAAUUGAUGAGCAAUUGGUCGCUGAUCCAGACAAUCUGGAGCUGAAAUAUCAGAAGUGUGUAGGUCUGACGGUCACUCGGGAUUAUGAAAGUGCGUUGAACCUGGCCAUGGACAUUUUGCGCAGCGAUCGUGAAUUUCGUGACGAUAUCGGGCGUUUGACGAUGGUCCGUAUCUUCCCACUGUUGGGCAAGGGGUCAGACAUUGCGGCAGCGUAUCGCCGCAAAAUGUUCAACUUUAUGCACUAA